AAAGAAGGGGCAGUGAGUGCUCUCAGCCUGUCUCCUCAGUUGUGGAGCAGCUAAUUGAGACUAUAGCUGCAGCUGGGAGAACCAAGCCCCACCAGCUCAGACUCUUGGAAAAGCAAGAACAAGCCAAGAGACAGCAAAGCAAAACCAGCAACAUCCUCGUAAAACAGGGACUUGACACACCAAAAACCUCCCCCCCCCCCCAAAUUAAACUAAACAACAAACCAAGCAGGACAGAAGCAUGUCAGGAGCAGAGAGAUACAUGGAUGAAUGCUCCAGCCACCCAGCCUUACUCCAGGUCUGCACACAAGAAGUUGAAAGUAGCAGUGGAAGUUUAAAGGUGCAGAGGAUGUGUGCUUCUAGGCGGAUACUGCUGCUCGCGCUCACCUUCCUGGCAUACACGGUGGACUCCACGUCGGCAUAUGGCACUGCUGAAACGCUCUGUGGUGGGGAACUAGUAGACACACUGCAGUUUGUCUGUGGGGACAGGGGCUUCUACUUCAGUAGACCCGUGGGACGAAAUAACAGAAGAUUCAACCGUGGCAUAGUGGAGGAGUGCUGUUUUCGGAGCUGCGACCUUGCUCUUUUGGAAACAUACUGCGCAAAGUCUGUUAAGUCUGAGCGGGACCUCUCGUCCUCUUCUCUUGUGGUCCUGCCAGCACUAAGCAAGGAUAGCUUUCAAAAACCCUCGCAUGCCAAGUACUCCAAAUAUGAUGUGUGGCAGAAAAAGAGCUCACAGCGCCUACAACGGGGAGUUCCCAGCAUCCUCCACGCUCGCAGGUACCGGUGGCAAGCCGAAGGGUUGCAAGCAUCUGAUGAAACCAAGGUGCAUCGUCCCCUCAUCUCCCUGCCCAGCCAGAAGCCCCUGGUAGUGCAAGUUUCCUCAGAAACAUCAGGGAACCGGAAAUGAACUGUGAAAUGGAUUCUAUAUUUUUUUUUUUUAAAUCUCCUGGGGGGGACUUUUGAGGCCUAACUUCCCUAGCCCUUAGCCCUCUUGGCUGCGAAGCGAGAGGGAUAUCGCCUUUCCACCCAGAAGCAAUAAAAAGGGGGCACUGUAACACCAUUUUAAAGAGAACCAAACAACUGACAUAGUGAGAAUGGGAUUACAGCAUUGUCAGCAACAACAUAAUUUCUGUGGCAUUGUCCUUUAAGCAUUAAAGUGUUUUUUUUUAAACUUCUGUUUUGUUUUGUUCCCCUAUCUACCCAGUAUUUUCAAGCCCAUACUUAAAAGGGACCGUUUGGCACUUGAACUGUUUUAAUAUUGGGCAGGGCAUGACAUCCCACGUGCCAGCAGCAGAAUGCAAAAGAAAGAGCAAGAAAAAAGAAUACGAAAUUGAAAAACAGAAGAGUCCAUUCCAUGUCUUUCUUGACAAGAAAGUGAAAAAAAUGGGGCAACAUUUAUUUGGAGGGGUUAAAUUUUUUCUCAUUCCCACCCCACUUUUUUGUUUGGUGUUUUUCUUGUUUUUGUAAAGAGCAAUUUUUGUUGUUGUUUGCACCUUUACUUAAAAACAAACAAAAAAAGUAACUGAGAAGAAAUUCCAAGAAGACCCAUCUGAAUUUAUUUGUGUGUGUAUGUGCUUAAUUACAAGAUUCCAAAUCGACUUGCACCUUUUUAAAAUCAUGGAUGAAGUGUGAGAAAGAGGUAAAGGAAAGGGGGGAAAAUAAAAAAGAGGAAGUGAACUGAUGUUCACUUUAAAUAGAGGAGGCGUCUGCAUUGCACAUUUGCCACGGAUUUAGUUGAUUUAUAUAUAUAAUAUAUAUAACUUUUUUUGGCAAAAAGCACUAUUUUUAUGGGACAAUUUUUGUGUAGUAUCUGAAGAGGGAUUGUAAUGUUUAAAAUGUGUUAUGGUGCUAAAGUAAGUUGGAAGGGGGGAAAACCCAGAAAUAGCAGGGGGUGGGGUGGGGUGGGGUGGGGAGGGAAGGACAAGAUAUUCAAUACUGAACUUGAAAUUGUAGCUUUUCGUUUUAGGAAAAGUGUGAUAAAUGUGUUUCUUUUCUCUUCUGAAAUAUAGCUUGGUCAUGACCAUAUGAGCUAGUUGGCUGUCACUCACAUACACAGAUGCACGCACAUGCAGAAAUACGUCUAUACGCAUUUGUUUAGAUCAAAAGGGAAUUUUUUGAAAAAGAUAAACUAUUCUGACGUUGUUAAGGUAUCCGACUUACAACUCUAGGCCCCUAUUCUGCAAGAACUUAGGCAUGUGCUUAACUUCUCACCCUGAGUGUAGUUCCAUCAACUUUAGUGGGACUACUAAUAGCGUGGAAAGGUAGGCAUAAGCUUUUGCAAGAUUGGGGCCCUAGCAUUCACAUCAAGGUUUGUGUGUCAUUCAUGGAGUCCUUUUUGGUCUCCCUCUACCACUUUCUCUCUGAAGGCUCAUUGAGGCCCCAGAGGCAUCCAAUGGGACUAUUCCCAUGUUUGAAGUUGGGCACACUAUCUUGCUGAAUCAAGGCCUGCAUGAGUUUCCUCAGAAGCAAUAGCUCCAUGACUGAUCAUCUCCUUAUCCCACUCCUUCCCUUGCCUCCUCCCUUUUCAAAGGGGUAGGCGCAGACUCUACUCCACUGUGAUCCUCUUACACCAUUCCAGGACAGGUGGGCAGAAUGGUCCCUCAGGGAAUAUCUCCAGCCUAAGGGGUAGAGCUGGCAAAAUGAUUCUGUACCAUCCUUCCUAACAAGCCUGGUCUAGGGAGGAUGGCAUAGAGAGGCUGCAGUCAAAGCUCGCUGCAUUCUGGUUAUUUUCACUUUAGGGGACCAUGGAAAGUCUGAGUGUGACUUAGAGCACUAGGCUGCUCUGAUUAACACUGGAGAUGGGGCAGACCCCUGAGACAGCCACAUAAUUCCAUAGGUGCAAAGAUGGUUUUUGCGCCUACUGCAGAAUCAAAGCUGAUGCCUAGGUGGGAGAGGAAAGCCAAUUAGCUUGCUGAGGCUCAACACCGGGGUGAGCAAACAGGUGUGUGAGGUGGGUAGAGGGCUGUAAAAUAGGUUGGUUUAAUAUAUAUAAAAUCUCUCUAGGAACCAUAAAAAGGGGGAAAUCAACUAAAUUUCCCUCUGAUAUACUCUCAUUUGCUAAUAAGAUGGGGACACUCUGUUAACCAGUCCUGUACUUGCUUUGCCUUAUAUAGCCAGACAUUUAAAACAUUUUUUUUUAAAAAAGAGACUACUUGAAUUGUAUUCUAUUUUGUGGUUUUGGGGAGCGAGUGGGAGGGGCUGAGAAGGGGGAGGAUAUUAAUGUAUAAUCCUUUUGUUUAUUAAUAUUACCUUGCAACGUUGAGCCAUGAAGCCUUUGUUUUAAAAAAAAUGGCGCUGCAAUAUACAACAAAAAGCAAAGCCUUUAUUUAUUUUAUUAUUAAAUAUAUAUGAAAGAAAACUAAAAUUGGUCCAAAUUUAAAUGGUGGUCUGGGAGUGGGUGGGGAAGGCACAAAGCAAAGAACUGAUUUUUCUCUUUGUGUGUCUUUUUAAAAACAUAGUUUUUAUUUUUAAAAAGAGGGGGAAAUGGAAAAAAAAAAAAAAGCUUUCCUGGAUGCUUUGUACCAAAAAUAAAUAUUUUUUUUAAAAGUGGAAAAUACCUAUUAAGCAAAUAAAUAUCCAUCUGGAAUAUGAAGCAUGCCUUUUUUCUUUUUACUUUUAUUUAUUUUUGCUCUUGGGGAAGGGGUGGGGAGAAAGUUGUGCCAAGGGACAAUAUUCAUAAAGGCACAGAGGAAAAUUCUUUAAAUAUCCUCUCUUUUGGCUCAAUCCUGCAAGAUACUACAUAUACUCUGGCCCUGAUGUAGCAAAGCACUUAUAAGCAGAUGAGGAACCCAAAUGAAGUCAAUUGAACUCACGCAUAUUGUUAUCAUAUGCUUAUGUGAUUUGCUAGAUCCCUUUGAUAGGUUUUGCUAGGGCUCAGCGCUUCACAAGUUUUGGCCCUUUCUAAGGACCCAGUAAUAGCUGGAGUUCUGGCUUACAAGAAAAGAUAGGCCUAAGGCACCAAAGUUCAGACUCAGAUUUGAACUUCCACGUGAUUUGGGGUCUUGAAUAUUGUGGGCCUCUCUGCAGUUGUGUGGGCCGAGUUCACAGGUUGCCGCUUUGCACCUUGUGUAGUCAUUUGCACCAGUGCAAAGUGGAGGUAAAAUCCUACCACUCUCAUCUGGUUGCAGUUUCCACCCAUGCAUAAAGUGUAUGCAGAUGAUGACAAGAGCCAAUGGUGCACCAGGUCCUUGGGUCCCAGUUCAGCAAGAUACUCACACACAUGCCUAAGUGAGUGUGUGCACAGUCCCUUUGACUUCAGUGGCACUACUUGCAUGCUUAACACUAAGCCACUUGCUUAGGAGUCUUGGUGAAUCCAGCUCUCAGUCUCCAAGUGGAAAGGCUCAUGAACUUCAGAACUGAAGCCAGCAGUUGAAGUACCAGAAAAGGCUUUUAUUUGAUUUUUUUUUUUUUUUAAAUAUGCUUUAAGAGUGGAUUUUCUGGGAGGUAGUAUUCCUCUUGUGCUUUAUGAAUAUUCAACCGGGUUUUCAUUGACAUUCACCCAAGAGUAUUCUGAAUAGUUGCCUCCCUCUGAACACUUAUUUUGCUGUCUGCACAGGGAAAGGGGGUAUUUUCAGACAUUUGGUUUAACUGUACCAAAAGAGAUUUCUAAAGACUACAGCGACUCCUUACUUGGUUGCUGUUCCUUGUGUGAGCUGCCACAGUCCCUCCACGUUAGAGGGACUUUUUUAAGGCUUCAGUGCUGAAACUCAGUAGCACUAUAGAAUUAGCGUAGCGCAAAGACCUCCUCUCCUGCACGGUAUGGGCUGUUUACUCCGUGGUAGCUCUAGGGAAUAAGGGAAAGUUUUAACGCUUUCCUUGCUUCAGAAAGAAGGCUAAGGCAUCUAGAGAUGAUACAGAUAGAACCUAAAACUUCAACCAAACCUUUUCCUAUCUGCGGUCCCUGGUUCCCACUGGGAGCAUAAGCAGAAGUGCUGGAAAUACCAAAAGAAAACCCUCUCAUGAUGUUUCCAGCUUUGUAUUGAAGAUGCGAGAGGUUUGGUUCAGGUUUGGAGUAAGCAUUCAAACUCAACCUUUGAAGUUUGGCCCAUUGCUAAUUGCAUAUAGCAGGUGGAGCUGUGACGUAACACAGGAACUAAAAGGGAGUCCUGUAGCCCUAAUUUGAUCAAAGUCAUCGAGUUAAACAAAGUAUCAGUAGGUGUUUCUCCUUUUGGCUGGUUCACUUCACUUGGCCAGAAAGACUGAACGGGUUAAGCUCCAUAUGGAACUGGGCAAUGCCUGGGAUCUUUAAGGAGUGAAUGACUUACCCUUUUCUGACACAUUAUGUUGCCGGGGGCUUCUGUUUAGGGCAUUGGACCAAAUGGGCUAAGCUACAGAAAUAUUUUCUCAUCGAUAGUGUGGAUGGGGUUGGAGUCAAGAUCCUGAAAGUGAGAACGACAGGGAUUUCAAACCCUAUUUAGAAGUUCUCUUGUUAGUCCCACUAUCUGAUUCACCUUAUCCCUAUGCCUUGCAGAGCACUGAGGUCUGCUCCAGGUUACAUUGGUGUAAAUGAAGUCAAUGGAUUUAUACAAGUAGAACCGAUCAGAAUUUGUCCUUGUGCUCCUCUGUUAACUAACUACAACAGCUAUAGAUCUGGUAAGGGGCCACAUUUGCUUGUGUGGGAAGAACCAACCUAGUUAGAUGAGUAAGAGACUUGAACACCCAAUUCCCAUUAAUCGUUUGAAAAUCUCUGACCAGAAGCUUAACCCAGUUGGUCCAAGUCUGUCGCACUGAUGACAUGUCUCACACAGACUUUCCAUGUGGAACCGUGCUCGUUCAGACAGUGCUUCAGAGAGCAGAGGGCAGGGGAAGGACAAUGUCACAGCUUUUUGUUUCAGCACAGCAUCUGAAACUGCCAGCACCCUAUGGGCUUCAUGGAAUUCCUCUGGUGCCACAGAAAUAACCACAAAAAUCAUUUCUCUCCUCCUAUCCCAUUGCCAUUCUGGAUGAUGAUUUUAGGUAUUGCUUCUCUGUAGGUUUGCAGGGGGAAGCAGGGCCAGCUGUUUUCACACUAAACACCUUUGUUGGCAUUCAUUUUCAGCAUGAUACACUGGGAUUUUGGGGGUGCAACUCAUUUAUGGAAGUGGCACAACUAAUUCUUUGGCUGCAGUGUUUAAAGCGUAUAAGUUAGUGUCUCUGCAUUUGGGGAAAAUCACUUUUUCUUCGUAUACAUUAUUUUAUGGCUUGUUUGCUGGUAAACACCAGAGCUGUUCUUCCAACCUUCUGUGCAUAGCAAUAGCACUUUAGGGAUGGAGCAGGGCCCCCAACUGGUUCCAUUGUCUUAGUAUCGCACAAUAGCUUCAUCCACUUCAUCCUGCCUGAUCUCAAAGGCUCAGUCUUUUGGUGAUGGACCUAGCUGCCUCUGCACUAAAUGAAGGGAAGAAUUGUAUUUGUUGUUUAAAAAACUGGUUUUGUCAUUGUAUGUAUUACUGUCCGCUCAUGUUUUAUAUGGUGGGGGGUGGGUGGGCCGGGAAGGGUAUUAAUGUAUCUUGAAUCAUUUCACUUGUGUGCACUCAGCCUAAUAUGCAAGACUCAAACUGCCCGGAUUCUGCACCUAUUGUACUUUUCAUUUGUAUCAAUAAAGCAAUCAGUUAUAAGGUC